AUGAGUAUUGCCUUUACACAGAAGUUGGACCAAACAUCGGUGCCUCAGGAAGCAAAUGCUGAAAUAAAGUGCGGAACAUGCCCUUGCGCGAACCCCUGUGCCCAGCAGCAGAUGCCUUUACCACCGCCACCGCCGCCGCCGGCACCUCCAAAGAAUCCUUCCACACAGUAUUGCACUCCUCUGACACCGCCACUACCACCACCGCCACCAAGAUUCAUUUAUGUCACAGGUGUGCCGGGGAAUUUGUACGAGACUGAUCCAUAUAAUACUUGGGUGUAUUACUCGGGUGCUGGACAGAACGUGAUUGGGAUCAUGAGGUUGCUGCUUUUGGUUGUUUGUGGAAUUUUAGAACUGAUAGUGAUCGGGUGGCAGAUGUAG